AUUCUUAAAGUUAUGGUGCCUGCUAGGCUGAAGGCCAGCAGAAGAAUUAGGUAUUGUAAUGUAGUAGUACUAAAAAAGAAGAGUAGCUUAACACCAAUUUGAUUUGAUAUAUUACCAACGAGGUGAUAUACAAAUCCAAUUGCUAAACAAAAUAAAAAAUGGGGAAGCCGGCUGUUCGUUAUUUUUCAACCAAAGAUGAAAAUGAAGUAUCACAAGAAACUUCCAAUGAAAAAAUAAAAAUCUAUAAUGUAACCAAUAUCAAAAAAACGCCAUGGGGUAGAAGGUUUGCUGAUAGAAAAAUUGAAAAGGCUAAAAAAGUUCUGCAAAAGUCAAACCCCAAUCCAAAAUUUAAGGGUAAGGUAAGACCUUCGAAAGAAUUAAUAAAAAAAUAUAGUAAAGGUGCAAAAGUUAAUGUAGAAGGGGUAAGAACUUCUAUACACAAGAGCAAAAUUUUAACAAAAGAAAAAAAAAUUCAGUUUGCCAUUGAACAAGCUGCUAAAACUGAAGUGUUGCUGACUGAGGACACAGGUUAUUUAGAAGCGGACAGUGGUGAAACAACUACACAAUUUACCCAAAAACAGAUAGUACAAGCAGUAGACAUAGCAUCAGCAGCUAAACAUUUUGAUUUAAGACUAGAUUUUGGUCCUUAUAGAGCAAAAUACACUAAAAAUGGUAGACAUUUACUGAUAGGUGGUAAAAUGGGUCAUGUUGCUGCUUUUGAUUGGGUAACAAAGAAAUUACAUUGUGAAAUGAAUGUUAUGGAAUCAGUACAUGAUAUUUCAUGGUUACAUAUAGAAACUAUGUUUGCAGUUGCACAGAAAAAUUGGGUUUAUAUAUAUGAUAAUCAAGGUAUUGAGUUGCACUGUGUCAAAAGACUCAAUAAAGUUUCAAGGAUGGAGUUUUUACCUUAUCACUUUCUAUUGGCAAGCUGUAGUGAUGAGGGCUUUAUGAGCUGGUUAGAUAUUUCCAUAGGACAAAUCGUGGGUCAAUAUAAUACAGGACUGGGUAGACUUUCCAUUUUGACACAAAAUCCAUGGAAUGCUACUUUGUGUUUAGGUCAUGCAAAGGGUGUAGUGUCAUUUUGGUCUCCAACUUCAAGGGAUCCCUUGGCUAAAAUGCUUUGUCAUAAAGCUCCUAUUAUUGGGUUGCAUAUAGAUCCUUCUGGAAAGUACAUGGCUACAUCGGCAACAGAUAGAGAACUUAAGAUUUGGGAUGUUAGGAAGUUGGAAGGACCUGUUCAACAAUAUAAACUUAUACAAUCUGCCAAUAAUUUAAAUUUUUCUCAAAAGAGAUUAUUAUCCAUAGGUAUGGGAAAUGUGGUAGAAGUCUAUAGGGAUUGUUGUGAAACUCCUGCAAAACGAGCAUAUUUAAGACAUCGAUUUGUAACACCAAUUAGUAACCUUAGUUUUUGUCCAUAUGAAGAUGUAUUAGGUGUUGGUACAGCUAAAGGAUUCACUAGUCUCUUAGUACCCGGUGCAGGCGAAGCAAACUUUGACUCUUUGGAAGCAAAUCCAUUCCAAUCUAAAUCACAAAGAAGAGAAGCUGAAGUGAAAGCACUUUUAGAAAAGAUACAACCAGAAAUGAUAACAUUGGAUCCAACAGUAAUUGCUGGUGUUGAUUUACCGACGAUAAAUAAUGUUUCAGCAUUGAAAGCUCCUAAAAUUAAUUAUAACCCAAAAAAGAAAGCAAAAGGAAAAGGAGGAUCAGUUAAUAUUGCACGAAAUAAGAAAAUACUACAAGAGAAAGCAACAAAAGAUUUUGUUAAAAAUCAGAGAAAACAAUUUAUUUCAGAUGAUUCCGAUAAAGUGGAAUCUGCUUCAAAACCGAUUCAUGUACUUGAUAGAUUUCUACCUAAGGUUAAGAAAAAAUAAUUUUAAAUAUAUUAUUUUUAUUUUAAA